AUGUCGGAACUACUAAACAACACACCCAAGAAGAUGAAUGAAUCAAUAAUCAGCGGUGUUUCGUCAGACCCCAGCCGGCUGGAAUUUUCUCUGCAGAGCCCUGCUCUUUGUCUGGCAUGGAACGAGGAUUCGCUGGUCUACGGCUACAACCAGGGAGUGACAGUUUUGACCCGCAAGCCUGUUGUUUUGGGCAAUGCUUUUGCAUCCGAAUGGUCUUUCCUGUCUGUCGAGUACCAUAUGGGUCUGGCAUGCGAGCUGAUUGCCACCUGCGGCGCUUUCGUGGCCGUGGGACACGAUGAUAACACAAUCUCCCUUAUCAACACAGCCGAAGAGGACGCAAUUGAGAGAACUGACGUGAAACGUGGUCACUACGACUUUGUGAACGGCAUCGACGUCAAUUUGGAUGGAAUGGUGGCAUCCGUGGGUGAUGACCGACAACUGUUGAUUUAUUCAGACAAGUUGGAAGUGGUGCACAAAAUCAAGCUGGACGGAGCUGGACGAGCUGUUAAGUUCCAAGAGGAUGGAGGACCCCAUCUGGUGGUUCUGGAGGGUUCCAACCGACUGAAUGUCUACGACUGGGAAAAGGGCCAGUUCCUAUACACCGUUUUCUCCAACGAUGUAGUGGGUGGCUCGAAAAAGAUCGGAUGUUGUGGUCCGCCAGCAGCAGUCAAGGCUGUUGCUCUGAAUGUGGGACAAAACCACGCCGACCAGUUGACUGUUCUUGGAAGCGGAUGGUGGCGAAAGUACUCCAGUGCCAAUUUGCAGGGAGGAGGAGGCCAUACGGUGCCCAACAAGCAGGGUGAGCUGUAUGGCAGUCGGCAGCUGAGUGGCGCUGUGUUCUGCGUCAGUAACGACACUGCCGUGGUGGUGAGCGACAAGAAGACUUUAUUUUACUCGCUGGGCACAGAGAAAUCCAUUGAGGUGGCUUGUGACUUCGUUUCUGGCGUGGAAGCUGCAGCCGUGCGAGCCAAGGGCGAUUUGGUGGCUGUGGCAGGAGGACGAGCACUGGUUCUGUUGAAUAGUGCUGAAAACGAGAGCAACAUUGUGAGACGUUAA